AUGACAAAUACUAAAUCCCCUGUUAAAACUAGAGGACAAGCUCCUGCUUCAUCCUCUAAAGCAUCGGAUCUCUUGAAACCUUCCUCGAAUGGCACUGGUUUCAAGUCUACUGUCGCUGACCCAAAGUCAGAGCUUCUGCGUAAAAAACAGUUAGCCACGGCUACGGCUCGCCAACUCGUCCCCUCCCCUGAGGCUUCCUCCGUCACUUUGGUCACUACCUCCAAACUGCCAAAGAAGAUCACUACAAUUUCAGAACCCUCUCAAGAAUCAGAAAUUGCUAAUGGUCAAGACAUUCUAUCCUCUUUUGACACCUCUUCCUUGCCUCAUAAUUUGCUUUGGAUAUGCAAAAGCAACUUCGAGAACAAAACCGCCGCUUCGAUGAAUACGAAGCUAGAUUUACUGCAAUGGAAGCUAUCAUCCAAGAAAACAUUGCUUUAA